GUAUGAGUGUAUGUAUGUAUAUAAAUGUAUCUAUGUAUGUAUGUGCAUAUGGUGAACGUUUUCAUCGGAGUUCGCUAUUCGUCAGUUCAGUAUUCUCUUACUUCCAUGUAAAAAGUUACUGCCAUAAGCCGCAAACCUGUUUUUCUAUUCUUAAUAUGAAUAACGGUACUUUCUCGGUUGACUUGAUACCCGAGACACUACCGUGUCUCCUAAUUCCUCAGUUAGCAACUGAUUGCUGUAGCAGUAACAUACAAAACAUAGAAAAUGUUCAGGAAAAUUGGUUUUACGAAAAUAAUAGAUGGCUUCCAUCGGCAGACUGGGUCUUCGUGUCGAAUAAUUUUUACUUUUAUGAAUUAUUGUAUAUUCGUAAUUAAAAUUGUAU